AUGCCGCCAUGGAAGAUAUGGCUGACCUUUGGUGAGACAGAUCAAGCAGAGCUGAUUUCAUCCGCAACCGGCAAAAUCCAGCGACCUAACCCACGCCAGUCUGGGGUUCCCUGGUCAGAAUGGCCAAGUAGAAAAACGUGGAUGAGUGUGCGCAGUCCGGGACUGCCGCCCAGUUACACUUUACUUCAUGUUGGACUUGGGAGUGCUGCUGCUGCUCUUGACCAGGUUGGAUUUGAGAGUCCGAUUCACGGAAAGGUUAAUGUUACCCAUCUGAUGUUGUGCGUUAGUUAA